CCAAAGCCUUUCACACAGAUACGAUUCACAUUCAUCUCACUUCCAUACAGCGAAUCGGAACCAUGGCGACUGACAUAGCAGCAAGCACUGAGGCGAACAGUGUAGCAGAGCCCGAGAUUGCAGCGGCCAUGGUGGCCGAAAGCAAGACACAGACCGAGCCGCACAAGUUAGACAAGAAGUGGACCUUUUGGUUCGAUAACCAGUCCAAGCCCAAGCAAGGCGCCGCCUGGGGCACUUCUCUUCGCUCUGUCUACACUUUUGACACCGUUGAAGAAUUCUGGUGUUUGUAUGACCAGAUAUUCAAGCCCAGCAAAUUGACAUCACAUGCAGACUUCCAUUUGUUCAAAGCUGGGGUUGAACCCAAGUGGGAAGAUCCUGAAUGUGCUAAUGGAGGGAAAUGGACUGUUGUUAGCAGUAGAAAAUCUAACCUUGACACUAUGUGGUUAGAAACUUUGAUGGCUUUGAUUGGAGAGCAAUUUGAUGAGGCUGAUGAGAUUUGUGGUGUGGUGGCAAGCGUCCGCCAGAGGCAGGACAAACUUGCACUCUGGACCAAGACAGCUGCCAAUGAGGCUGUUCAGAUGACCAUUGGAAGGAAGUGGAAGGAGAUAAUCGACGUAAAUGAGAAGAUCACUUACAGCUUCCAUGAUGAUUCGAAAAGAGAGAGAUCUGCGAAAGCUCGUUAUAAUGUAUGAAACAUUACUCGAUAUUUUGAGGCUUGGUCCUUUACUUGCAAUGUUACAAAAUACUAGCGGUGGCAACUCAUUGCAGAUUUUGAUGUUCUGUGUGUUGAGGAAAACCAAGUAGAUUAAAUAUUUUUUGUGGUGUUUUUUUAAUGUAAUAUGACAACCGCUCUGUAUUUUUUGUAUUGCAAUUUUUAUAAACCAAAAAUUAAAUUACUUAAAUUUGAUUGUCA